AGGAGUCGUAUGCACACACCCUUGAAGCGUGAGUUCCAUUUGUUCGAAAUUGAUUUGUUUGAGAAGCUUGACGUGAGAAACCGUAAAUUCACAAUUCUUGAAGUUUAAAAUACUCUCAGGACCAAUUCGUAAUAAAUAUAAACUACUGGGGAUGUUUGGUAAUUUAUUAUAACCAAAAUAGGACUGAUUUAGUUAAAAUAAUUCAACGAAGUGCUUCAUUUUGUAACUUGAACAAACUAUAGGGGCUGGUAUGUAACUUCUUGAGUAGAUGGGACUGUUUUGGUUAACAAUUACCAAAAAUGGGUUGUUUUUGAAAUAAUGGAACUAAUAUUUAGGGAUUGGCACUGAUUUCGAAAUAAUGUUUUAAUAACAGGGGUAGUUUUGUCAUUCAUCAAACUUAAUAGAAAUUAGGGCUUUUAACUUGCCCCGUCAUUUCUUGAUCGAUCAGGCUUGAAAGGAAAGCGGAUACGGGAGCAAUGAAAUCAGAUAGCGAGAAGGAAGCGUGACGCGGCUUCGAGGCCAGAUGGUGGUCGUCAUCUCGCGAAGGGAACGGAGUGCCUCCGGGGUUGGCAAGGCCGAAGAUGGAGAUGGGUGAAGCAGCGAGGCGACUAUGAUCCUUGGACGAUAAGGAAGAGACGAAGCAGCGGGGCUGCUCGUCUUCUGUCUUGGAAGUAGUACCGAAGGGGAAAGAGGUCCGAAGGGGUCUGGGAGGCGUCGCAACAAGCAGCAGCGAUGGUGACCGGGUGUUCGGUGGGUUUGCUAGACGGGAGGGGAAGAGGAGGGUGCGAACGGUGGGACGCUGAGCGACGGCAGUUCCGGUAAGGGGUUUGGUGGCAGUUGCUUUCUUCAUUCUUGAUGUUUGCAGGUGCGUUGAUGGAGGCUGUUCUGGCAGCUCACCUGUAUUUUUUUUUUUUUUGGCAACAUGAGAUCAAAAAGAACAAUGAUUACAGGAGGUUCGGUGGUGCUGGUGGAUUGCUGCUUCUUCUUCUCCGGUGAACUGUGCCAACAGGGGAGAAGGAGAAAAAUAAAUGGUGUUGCUGCCCUUAUUGCUGGCUGGAAAACGUAUGAACAACAGUUCUUGGCUGGAACUCGAAAGAAGGAAGAGGAAAGGGAGAAAGUAUGUUGACUGUAAUUG